AGUCGCCGGGCUUGAAAUGCGUGGGACCGCCCCCUCGUCACUGGGGGUGGGGUUACGCGUAGGUGACGUGGCCGCUUCCAGUCUUUGGUCGGGUUUCGGCGGCUUCAGCGCUCGGGGAGGAGGCAGUGACGGCCGGGGAGAUUGGAAGUGGCGGCGGCGGCAGGCGGCAGAGGGGAGGGUACCCGGCCCGCGCUCUGGCCGCCAGAGCCAAGUUGGAAGAAGAAUCUGAAGCGGGUUCGACUUGGGACAGGGGAAAAGCGGGGCCCUUUCCGCUGCUAGCCCGCCCCAGGAUUUGCGAGCGUCUUGGGCGCGAAAGUCCAUGAGAAGUGCAGAAAGGGCUCGAGGAUCUGUUGAUUGGAGUGAGGCGGGGGAGUUUGGGGAAAGAAGCUGCCUGGGGAAUGACACUCUCCCCUCCACAACAGUCCGAGGUUAUGCGUCUCAAUGAUCCCGCGGAAACGCUACGGGUCUAAGAACACGGAUCAGGGUGUCUACCUGGGUCUCUCAAAGACACAGGUCCUGUCCCCUGCAACUGUUGGCAGUAGCAGCAGCGACAUCGCCCCUCUGCCCCCCCCAGUGGCCCUCGUCCCUCCCCCUCCCGACACCAUGUCCUGCCGGGAUCGGACCCAGGAGUUUCUGUCUGCCUGCAAGUCGCUGCAGACCCGUCAGAAUGGAAUCCAGACAAAUAAGCCGGCUUUGCGUGCUGUCCGACAACGCAGUGAAUUCACCCUCAUGGCCAAGCGCAUUGGGAAAGACCUUAGCAACACAUUUGCCAAGCUGGAGAAGCUGACAAUCUUGGCAAAGCGCAAGUCCCUCUUUGAUGAUAAAGCAGUGGAAAUUGAAGAGCUAACAUAUAUCAUCAAACAGGACAUCAAUAGCCUCAACAAACAAAUUGCUCAGCUCCAGGAUUUCGUGAGGGCCAAGGGCAGCCAGAGUGGCCGGCACCUGCAGACCCACUCCAACACCAUUGUGGUCUCCUUGCAGUCGAAACUGGCUUCUAUGUCCAAUGACUUCAAAUCGGUUUUAGAAGUGAGGACAGAGAACCUGAAGCAGCAGAGGAGCCGGAGAGAGCAGUUCUCCCGGGCACCUGUGUCAGCCCUGCCCCUUGCCCCUAACCACCUGGGGGGUAGUGCUGUGGUUUUGGGGGCAGAGUCCCAUGCCUCCAAGGAUGUCGCCAUCGACAUGAUGGACUCUCGGACCAGCCAGCAGCUGCAGCUCAUUGACGAGCAGGAUUCCUACAUCCAGAGUCGGGCAGACACCAUGCAGAACAUUGAGUCGACAAUUGUUGAGCUGGGCUCCAUCUUUCAGCAGUUGGCACACAUGGUUAAGGAACAGGAGGAAACCAUUCAGAGGAUCGACGAGAACGUGCUAGGAGCCCAGCUGGACGUUGAGGCCGCCCAUUCAGAGAUCCUCAAGUACUUCCAGUCAGUCACCUCCAACCGGUGGCUCAUGGUCAAAAUCUUCCUCAUCCUCAUUGUCUUCUUCAUCAUCUUUGUGGUCUUCCUUGCUUGAACCCUCUCUACUAUGAGGCACUCUGUGGGGGUUUGGGACCUUCCUGGGAAGGCAAGUGGCCAGUGCUGCCACUGAGCCUGUGCAGGGUACUUGGGAGAAAGGCCCUGUUUCCCUGGAACUGCUAAGAAUGGCCACUGCCCCUGAUCCCCCACCCCUUGCCUCUGGCCACCCUGUUUUCCCCCACCACCCUCAGGCCUAUGAAACACACAGGGUUCUAGAUUUGAACUCCACUGUGAAGUGACUGGAAGGGAGCAGAGGCCAGCUGGGGGCCAGUGGGGGAGGUUGUUUCCACUAGGAGAUUUUUAUAAACCCUCUCCAGCCUCUCCCAAAGGAAGUGUUGGCAGCAAAGGGAGAUGAUGCCCUUAUCCACCUUCCUGUGAGUGAAGAGAGGAAGCAGCCCCAGGGACCAAUUUUCCCAAUUGACCUCUUUCUUCCUCUUUCACCAUGUGAGGCAGGGAGCCCUGAGCCCUUCAGCUGCCUGCACAACCCCCGACAUUGGCUGCUGGUGACUCUCAAUCUGCCAAAUGUGCUGCAGCCCGUUUUCUCCCAAUUACAGCAAGACUGUCAGCCUCA